AUGAUUCAUGAGUCUUCCUCAACAAUGUCGUUGAUUGAAGAGCAAGAAAGCAUCACCUUACACCCCAAACCGGGGUUUGUGAUUAAAACCAAAAUCUUGGAAUCCAAAGACGUAUCUCGAACAUUGACCAAGGUAUUUAUCAAUGUGUGCCAUUCCCCCGAUGUACCCAAGCCAGAUGUCGAUUUCGAUCCACAGAUCGUGUUCCCAUUGAUCAUUGACAACGAAUGGGAAAUACCCAUUAUCCUAUCCAAAGAAAAAGAGUCCAAGGAUAAAAAGGGGUUUCCGUCUUUGGUAUACGAUUGUUGCAUAAACUCCAAGUGCUUCCAAUGGUGUCAAAUUAGCAAAGACCUAAAGUCUAUUCUUAUUGAAUGGUGUAUUGAAUCGAUUGAAUUGGUAUACUCACUCACACUAGAACGGGAGUACUCAACCCCGAAAAUGCUAGCAAAGGGCGAACUUUCCAAUACAGUAGUCACCAAAAAGGAACUUUUAGGGUCUGUGCUAAAAGACAGACUCAAAGAACUACAACAAAAUGAAACUUUAGGAUUGAUUAAAGAAAUGGAACUGGAGGACGAUGAAUUGCCAGAUUUAAUGAAUAUAAACAAACGCUCCACAAAGCCAUUAAUAGAGGAAGUGAGCCACCAAACCAAACCAGCACCACCAAAAGCCAUAAAAGAACUCAACUAUGCAGUUCUGUUCAAAAAAAUCGCACACCCAAACUUCAAUCUAGCAGUGAUUGUUGCUUGUGACGACAAACUCGACACCUCGUUUGAAGUCACAUAUUCUUCGGAAUCCUCCACUAUCCUCAUUAGCGGCAUAAAAUUCGCUUCUGGAAACAGCUUGGAAAUCCCAGUAUCCCCUGACAUUACUGUAACCAACACAAAGUGCUUUGAAGUUCACAACACAAUGUAUAUUUUUAUAUAG